AACAGAUACCGGCGCCGGGUCUUGUGGAAAGACUCUGUUCUCGGUGUUGCAACGUGUAUUUUUCCAACAACCACAGACUUGAUUCACUUUGUGCGCUAUGGGUCGACGCAAGUCCAAAAGAAAACCUCCUCCUAAGAAGAAGAUGACGGGAGAUUUGGACUCUCAGUUCACCUGUCCUUUCUGCAACCACGAGAAGUCCUGUGACGUCAAAAUGGAGAGGACCAGGAAUACUGGGAUAAUAUCAUGCACUGUCUGUCUGGAGGAGUUCCAGACCCCUAUUACCUAUCUGUCCGAGCCGGUUGACGUGUACAGUGACUGGAUAGAUGCCUGUGAAGCCGCCAAUCAGUAGCCCUAGUUGAGCCUAAUGUCCUUCCGGAGCAGGGGGAGGAUGAUGGGGAGGAUGAUGAUGUGGCUGGUGAACGCGGGCCCAUUAGGAUCAAGCUGGUCAGGGGACAUUUCAGAAACCUGAAUUAUUCAGUUUUCCCAUAUGGUCACUUGAGUUUUACAGCUGUGUGAACAGCAGUUCUACUGAUGAGGUCUUCAGCCUCAGAGCUGCUCUCAAGUGUUCCCGAUCUCUUCUGAUUUCUCCCCUUUCUGUGUAAGCAACAACCCUAGUUUUCAUUCUUCAUUAUCUGAUUUGUUACAUAAUUUGUGAUUUGCAGCGAUGGCUGAUUUUAGUCCUUGCACAUUGAGCGAGGCUUUCUAUGUUGUUUCGUUUUAUUUGAUGGGUCUCAGAGAUGUUUUAGAUGCAGGGUAAACGAGCCUCAAAUGAGUAGUGGUUAAAUUUAAACAGAAAUGUGUUCCUUGAUUUUUAUUCUUUGCAACGUUGAGAUAUUGUAAGCUGCUUGAAAAUCUCUAUUCUCUAAGAGGCCUCUAGUUGCAAAAAAACAAACAAACUGGGAUCCCAUCUUGGCAUUUUAAUAUGAAAUCCAUUUGAAAGUGAGAAGUGUUUCUGUUGGAUUGUGCGAGUGAGACGUGAAAGUGUUGAUCUAUACAGAAAAAGUUAAAAAUCAGAAUUUCCUUUAAAAAUGAUUCCAAACUCAUUCCCUAUCAAACACUCUGAAACUAGCUGCAGGACCUGGUGGGAGAGGAACAUUUUCAGGGAAGGCUACACCAUCAGACUUUACAAAGUGUAGUGUAAUAGUGAACUUCUCCCCUGUUGAGGCAGGAUGUUACAGUUUGUGUUGACAGUAGUAAUUACCCACAGCUCUCGGCGUCCUCCUUACAGACAGACAUGUCACAUCAGGUCAUGCCGCUGAUGACAGGGAUGAAAAUGUACAAGGUUUAUGCUUAGCUGCUAAGUUUUGAAUUGCUCUCUAAUCAUUCAUUUUGUUUCAGUUGAUUGUCUUAAGCUUACAAUUUCUCAAAAUAAACAUUUUGAAAAGACAAAAAAGAAGUUUUUUAUUAAAGAUGUGUGUACAGACUGUGUGAUCUUAUCCUUAAAUCAAGCAUUAGUAAUGGAAAUGUCUUUACUAUGCAAGAGCCAUCAGUGUUGAAAAGCUUUAAAUGAAGCUGUAUGUUUUUUAACCCUCUGAAUUUGAAACGUGUGAACUUGGAAAUAAACAAGCAAUAAGACUUGACAACAGAAA